AUACUAUUUUUUUAGUCGUAAACUACAAAAACCACAAUCCUUUUUAGCCCGCGUGUCGAUUGCGUCAUCAAACCGCGCCGAAAGUCGAAGAAAAACAGCUCUCGGAUGAUAGAGGUUUAGACAUUUUCGUUUGUUUUUGUGGUUAUGAGCAGUCCCAUGGCUGGCUCCGUUGCUUCUUCCAGUUCUAAAGACCGCUCUGUGUCCAGGACCAGCUUCAUCCCAGAACUCCAAAGCAUGAUGUUUGCUCUGGGAGAUGCUCGCAGACCACUGCACGAGACAGCUGCUCUGGUGGAGGACAUUGUCCACACGCAACUCGUUGCCAUGUUACAUCAGGCAUGCGAGGGGGCGCUGCUCCGGGGGUCCAGAGUCAUUUCUGCCGAGGACAUUCUCUUCCUAAUGAGGCGAGACAAGAGGAAGGUGGCAAGGCUGUUGAAAUAUCUUCAGUUCAGAGAUUAUAAAUCCAAACUCAUGAAAACCCUGGAGGACGAUGACACACCGCAGGAAACGGACAGGGGCGCCAGUUCUGCUGCAGGAGGGACGCAGAAGAGGCAGAAGUUGGCCCAGGAUUUUCUGGUGUGGAUGGAUCAGACCGGCGAACUCCUGUCACUGGCUGAACGCCAUGAAGUAGACCCCGUCAAACAGGAGCGACUGGAGCGUUUGGAGCGUCAGACCAGAUCCAUGGACCAGAAUCAGUACUCGGAGUUCUGCGAGAGCCGACAGCUGAGUUUUGCAAAGAAAGCAUCAAAGUUCAGAGACUGGCUUGACCUCAGCAGCUUAGAGGUGAAACCGAACAGCAUCGCCAUGGAGAUCCUCUCAUACCUGGCCUAUGAGACUGUAGCUCAGAUUGUGGAUUUGUCUCUGCUGGUCAAACAAGAAAUGACCGCUAAAACGAAUCCCAUCAGUCACCUGAUCUCUGCCAGUUAUAUCCAGUACAACACACACGCCGAGGUGAAAAAGGAUCCCGACUCACCUGAGGCUACGCCGCCCUCCACCCCUGGCUCCUCCCACUCAUCGAAGUCCCUCCCACAGGGGAAUGGCAGUCUGGACGGACGGGCAAGACAAAGAAAACGCAAAAAGGUGUUGCGUUGGCCGCGUUCUUAUUUACACGGGACCUCAACUCGGUGUUUGUGUAAAACGGAAGUAUGGUGUGUUUCAGGUCUGCGCGGCCACGGUGGAACAGCCAAGUGGAGCCAUCCAGCCCUGUCACAUCAGAGAGGCCAUUAGAAGAUACAACUGCAGACACACGACGGCUUACUGCAGGAGUGGGAUGGCCUUCCUCGCCUGCUAGGAAUUAUUUCAUCCCUCAACAGAGGGAGAGAUGCUUUUUCUAUUUUCUAUCAUUCAAAUAAAGAUUUUUUUUGUUCAUAGUU